AUGAAUGUAUCGCCUGACGUAAUAGAAGACGAUGACGUCGUUAUGGUAAUCAAUGAUGAUACAAAAAGCAGUGGACUAAAGCAGGAUGCAUCUACCACUGUGGAUACCAUAACUUUAGAUGAGGAACCAACUCCCACAAAUGAGUCAACAGUAACAAAUAGUGACAAAGAGAGUUCAUUUGCCAGGUUACUAAAAAAUAAUUCAUUAAUGAAUAAAAUUGUUCAUCAGUGUUUAAAUAUGGCAAAUAAUACAGGGAUGUCUAGGGUUAUAAAUAAAACACUUCUGCCUUCAUAUGCAGAUACCAAUACUAAAUUUAAGGAGUCUGAACAAUUUACAGAAUUGUUGAAAUCAAGUUUGAAAAAAUUAAGGAAUGAUCCUGAUUAUAAAUUUUUGCAUCUGAAAACGUUAUGUGAAGACUUGAAAUCUGGGAGAUGUAGAAAAAAAGUGCCUUUUGUGACAUUGAGUAAAGAAUUAAAAGGAGAAAAUCGAAAGAGAUCCUUCCCACAGCCUUCUGAAAAAAAUAGGAGACGAAGCCCACGGAAGCGAUAUAAUACUAGGGCAGCAAAGAGUAUAUGUAAAGAGUCUGAUAUUAUAAAUUUAGAUAAUUCAGAUGAUGAUGAUGAAAUUAGGGAGAUUAAUGAGGUUGAUGGUGAAAAUGAUGAUAUUAUGAUUGUUGACGAGACUACUAACAGUGAUGUUGGUAGUGAGCAAUCAAAUAAAGAAAACAGUAAUGAUGUAGAGGAAACUAACAAGACACCAAAUACAAAAGCUCCUAGUGAAGGUUUAGUGCCAAAAAAUAAUUCGACCGGAUCCAAAAUUAGCCAUUGCGAUCUUUUAGUUCCAAAGAAAGCUGUCAAGCCUGAUCAGUAUAGCCGUGAUUAUAAUAGAUGUUUCGCAAUUGAACAACAAAUUUUAUUGUAUCAAGAAAAGAUUCUACAGUUAGAGGAGGCAGAAGUGGAGAGUAACUGCUUAUCUUCACCUUACCUACUAUGUGACAAGUAUAAAGCAAAGAUUGUGCAAUUAUAUAAAAAGCUAUGUAAAAUAACUGGCAACGGUGACGGUAAUCUACUGAAGCAGCGUGUGGUGAGGCUUCAGGUUGUCGAAGGCCAUCCACCUGGUCCAGUCAAGAGGCUGGAGCGCUUUCUUAACAAUACGAUAGAUGAAACAGGAGUUGUGCCUUUGCCUGAUUUGCAUGACGUAGUCAGAUGCGUGACUCAAUCCAAUAUUGUUGAUCGACUCGGUUGGAGUAAGCAGGAGAUUAUGAAAGAAGCAAUAGCGUUGUUUACGCAAUGUUGUCACGCGCUCCGCAAGAGCCGCCAGAGACGUGAGUAUAAGGACCUUAUGAGCUUGGUGCGUGACAAAAGCCUAGAUGACUAUGAUCCAGCGAAAGAGGACCCACAUCUGUGCGCUAAGCUAAAAGAGAAUAAAAUCAUAGCGAAGGCGAAUGAGAACGAAAUAUUAGAAAGGUAUGUAAAAAUGGAAUAUAUGCCUAAAUGUUCGCAAACUCUCACUCCGAGCUUAGGCAAUAUGUCAAGACUAAAGGACGCUGAAUAUACAGACACAGAGAGUGAUGGUGACCUAGAUUUGACACUGUCAAAGAAAAAUGAAACACACGAGUUCAGAAGUCAGGUCAGGCCAGACCAUGAAAAAGCACAAGAAACUGCCACAAGAUCGAUUGAAACUAGUAGUAAUAUACAUGAAAGUAAAAUAUGCAAUACAAAACAUAAAAACGAGCUGCCAAGCUCAACAGAAAAAGUACAAGACAAUGUUGUAAAUAUAAAUCGUGUACAAGAUGCAAUAGAUACAAUACUGAAAAAAGCACUUACUGCAAUAACUGUAACGGACAGUAUUCCCUCAGCACAACCCAAAAUAAAUAUGAUAAACAACACGACACGUGAUACAACAAAUAUCACGGCACAAAAUCUUGUUAAAUCCAUAAAAUCAAAUACUACCACUACACACACUAUAAGCGAAAUUACAACAAACUGUUUACCAAAUCAGACAAGUACUACAUCACAAAAUGUUACAAGUACGAUAGUACAGAAGUCUUCCAACACCGUAACUCAGACACAAAGACGUCACUCAUUGUCAAAUACUAUACAGAAAAUUGGUAGCUCGAAUAUGUACGUUGUAUCAUACCAGUCAAAUGAUAACUCAGAACAAAACGGCUUAUGUUCUGACGUUAAACUAGAGAAAAGAGACGAUCUCAAAGCCAUAGAAAUGAAUCCAGACACAUCAGAGAAGCCAGAUGUUAGGGUUAAGACAGAGGACGUCACUAUUAAACAAGAACCAAUAGAUAUAAAUAGUCUUCUACAUUCACUAGGCGAUAAUUAUAUUUCAACGAUAUUCGAUAUUGAAGAUCCGUUCUUAGUGGUGGAAAUAUCUUCGGAUAGUUCCGACGAUGAAUUAUGA